AUGGUCGUUCAUAGUUUCUAUGUUAUUAAUCGCAGUGGUGGUUUAAUUUAUUCUUAUGAACAUUCAAUUCCAAAAAUUGAAUUUGAAAAAACAUUUAGUUAUCCAUUAGAAUUUGUCUUGAAACAAAGUGAUAAAGGUGUUCAAGUCUAUUUUGGACAACGUGAUGGUAUUAAAGUUGGACAUAUAAUAUUAUCAAUUAAUGGCAUACCUGUUCGUGGUUCUAAAAUUGAUUUUGGUACAUCGACUACAGUGACAAGUGGUGAUGGUGAUGAUAAUCGAGAAGGUGUUUCAACAAGUCGUGAUAUUAUCGAAUAUUUACAAGAUUCAACAAAUUAUCCAGUAACAAUUAAAUUUGGUCGUACACGUUUAAAUGGUAAUGAAAAAUUAAUAUUAGCUUCUAUAUUUCAUUCAAUGUAUGCGAUUGCUUGUCAAUUAUCACCAGAAAUUAAUUCAUCUGGAAUUAAAGAAUUGGAAACAGAUCAAUAUAAAUUAUAUUGUUUUCAAACAAUAACAGGACUAAAAUUUGUUGCAUUAACUGAUCCAAAACAGGCAAAUGUUGAUCUAUUUUUAAAACGAACAUAUGAAUUGUAUAGUGAUUAUGCAUUAAAAAAUCCAUUUUAUUCAAUAGAUCAACCCAUAUGGUGUCCACUUUUUCAACAACAUAUACAACAAGCAAUUGAGAUGGUAGAAAAAGCACCAUUGACGUUAUAA